UUCGGCGAGGUCUGCGCCUGCCAGCGCCGCGCCACCGGCAAGAUGUACGCCAACAAGCGCCUCAACAAGAAGCGCCUCAAGAAGCGCCAGGGCUACGAGGCGGCACUGGUGGAGAAGCGGAUCCUGGCGCGGGUUCACAGCCGCUUCAUCGUCUCGCUGGCCUGCGCCUUCCAGACCAAGACCGACCUCUGCCUCGUCAUGACCCUCAUGAACGGCGGUGACCUGCGGUACCACAUGUACAACGUGUACGAGGACACCCCCGGGUUCCCCGAGCCACGGGCCGUGUUUUACGCCGCCCAGAUCCUGCUGGGGUUGGAGCACCUGCACCAGCAUCGCAUCGUCUACCGCGACCUCAAGCCCGAGAACGUCCUCCUCGACGACGCCGGCCACGUCCGUCUGUCCGACAUGGGUUUGGCCGUGGAGCUCAAGGAGGGACAGAGCAAAACCCGUGGCUACGCUGGGACCCCAGGGUUCAUGGCGCCGGAGGUGCUGCGGGAUGAGGAGUACGACUGGUCUGUCGACUACUUCACGCUGGGGGUGACCAUCUACGAGAUGCUGGAGGCCAAGGGACCCUUCCGCAGACGGGGGGAGAAGGUGCCCA